AUGUCGGACCCGUCGUUAGACUCGGAUAAGAUCCGCAACAAAAGACUGGCAAAACUGCAGCAAGCCCAACAGCAGCCGCAGCCAGAGUCACAGUCGCUGUCUUCAGAUCCCGCGACCUCAACGCAAGAUGUCUCGCAAUCAAAGCCGCCCUCUUUACUCUCCACGCCUCCAGUCAGCGCUCCACAGCCGCCAGUUCCCAGCGCAUCACCAGCACCAUCCAUCAAUAUCUCCAAAGCCUCCUCGCCUGCACCUGCGACACGUAUAACCAUCACGCCUCAAAAGAGAGAGAUAGAUGGCCCGGAGCGACCGACUUCGAGACAAGGCUCAAGGCCGAACGAGACCAUCGAACAGUGGGAAGACCGUACGCUAAGGAGUAUCUUUCGCCUGAGCCUCGAUCCCCAGCAGAUGAGGGAUAUCCACGGUCAGACUCUCCAUCCUGUGCCACAACUUCGGGAAGAACUACAGAGCGAGGAAAAGCCGUUGCUGUUGAAUAAUGAGUUGCUUGAGCAGGCUAUCAUGGAGGCUGGAGCCAACUUGGGACAAUCAACCCCACACGACUGGUUAUUUGGCUGUUGGAAGAGAAUCACGAGACUGAGUAAAGGCGUUAAAGAGCGGACUCCUGAGAACAAGAAGUGGACGGUCAUCUCGGAAGCGAGAAGACUGUGCAUGAGUUGGUGCAUUCUGUCCAUCACCACACCAGACAUCUUCGGCAUAGAAUAUGAUGGCGCCACUGCGUUGGCAGAUCACCUCCUUGCCGAUCCAGAAGAUGAUCGUGGUGUAUGUCACGACUUUCUCACCGAGGUCGUCACCAGAUUUGAAGAUGAUGAUCAGAUAAGAGACAAGUUCGUCAAAGCUGUGGAGAAGCUUAGUGUGAGACUGGCCGGCUUGACAAUGGACAGCGACUAUCGUCGGUACACUGCGAUGCUGCGACACCUCAUCAGAUACAAGCCUGUAGCGGUUGCCAUUACACAGUCUCCCAUGUUUUUGGCUGAGUCUGUUCCAGCUGCAGGUUUGGAGGUCGCCACAUUGCUUGGACCCUACUUCCAAAUAUCACCUCUUCAGGCCGAGGUCACGAAUCAGUAUUUCUCAGCACCAAAAACAAUGGAUCCAGGCAGGAUCAGAAAUGCUCAGCAAUCUCUGCAGAUGUCAUUAAGAGCUCAUCAGACGGAACUCUUCGAUAUUGUCAACACCCUAGUACGCGCAUCGCCUGACGCAAGAGACCGCAUCUUGGACUGGUUCGCCCUCGUGGUCAAUUCAAACCAUAAGCGAAGAGCUAUGCGUGUGGACAAGAAGACAGUCUCAAGCGACGGUUUCAUGAUCAACGUAAAUACUUGUUUAGAUCAGCUCUGCGAGCCGUUCAUGGACGCUCAAUUUUCGAAGCUGGACCGUGUCGACGUGGGUUACCUGCGCAGACAUCCGCGGGUGGACAUCAAAGACGAGACCAAAAUCAACGCUGACCAAGACGAGUCCGAUGCAUACUACGAAACACAACUUGAUGGCCCCAACAACUUCAUCUCCGAGUGUUUCUUCCUGACAGUCGCUGCACACCAUUAUGGCAGCGAGGCGGCACGGACCAUGCUUAAGGAUAUGGACCGCGAGCUGAAGCACAUGGCUAAACAGAUCGAGCAAUUCGAAACCGAGCGACACAAAUACGUCAACAAUCCAAUGCAGUUGAGAGUAUACGAAAGUCAACUUAAGAAGUUCAAAGAUCAGCAUGACAAGGGGCUAUCAUACAAAUAUGCUGUUCAGGCUGUGUUACUCGACGAACUUGCACAAACUCGAUCAAUGCAGUUCAUGCGAUUCGUGACCGUAUGGUUGCUCCGCCUGGUUUCUACCCAUCGUCAGUUUCCUAAGGAGAAGCUGGCUCUUCCACUACCUGCCGAAGAACCCGAAGAUUUCAAGAACUUACCUGAGUAUUUCUUGGAUAUAAUCAGCGGUAAUUUCGGCUUCAUCAUGUACAACAUGCCACAGAUCAUUUCUUCAACACAGUCAGACGAGCUAAUUAUGCUGUGUGUCACGUUUUUACGGAAUUCCGAGUACAUCAGAAAUCCUUACCUAAAAGCUUCAUUGGUCACCAUUUUGUUCCGCGGUACAUGGGCAUGGCGUCAAGGCGGCCGGGGUAUAUUGGCUGAUCAAUACAACAGUCUGCCUUUCGCGACUGAGCACUUGUUGCAUUCGUUAAUGAGAUUCUUCAUCGAGGCAGAGUUCAUGGGUGGUCACGGACAAUUUUUCGACAAAUUCAACGUGCGGUACGAAAUCUUUCAGAUCAUCAAAUGUGUCUGGGCAAAUACCGUCUAUCGGGAUAAUCUUCUGCGGGAAGCCAAGGUCAACAUGGAGUUUUUCGUGAGGUUUGUCAACUUGCUGCUCAACGACGUCACAUUCGUUCUGGAUGAAUCUUUUACAGCAUUCCACAGCAUUUACGACUUGUCGAAAGAACUAUCUCUCGCUGGAACGACUCUGAAUGAGCAACAAAGACAGGAAAAAGAAGAAGCCCUAGAGCAAGCCAAAGGCAAAGCAAAAUCUUACAUGCAACUGACCAAUGAGACGGUCGACAUGUUGAAGCUUUUCACGGAAGCGCUUGGUGAUGCUUUCACCAUGCCUGAAAUUGUCCAGCGACUGGCAGACAUGCUGGACUACAACCUCGAUGCUAUGGUUGGGCCCAAGAGUUCAUCACUCAAGGUUGAUAACUUGGCGGAGUACAACUUCAAUCCGAAGGCUCUACUGAGUGAGAUCGUCGAUGUCUACCUCAACCUGAGUGAAAAGGAGAACUUCAUUUUGGCUGUGGCCCGUGACGGGCGCUCAUACAAGCCGGACAACUUCUUUGCGGCAGGCUCUGUUCUAAAGAGAUUCGUCCUGAAAUCUCCUGAAGAGCUCAACAAGUGGGCACGUUUGAUCGAGAAAUUCAGGAAGGCCAGAGAGGAGGAUGAGGCAGCGGACGCUGAUCUUGGCGAGAUUCCAGACGAGUUCCUUGAUCCUCUGAUGUUCACCCUAAUGGAAGAUCCUGUGAGGUUGCCAGUCAGCAAGAUCGUGAUCGACCGAAGCACAAUUCGGAGUCAUUUGUUGAGCGAUCCGCAUGAUCCUUUCAAUCGAGUACCGCUGAAGAUCGAGGAUAUCAUCCCUGCUACCGACGUCAAGGAGCAGAUUGAAGCGUUCAAGCAGGAGAAAAUCGGUAAUAGGAGGAAGGACUUUGUAGAAACCGUGAAAACAGAACCUGUGGGCGGCCCUGAUGGUGAAGCCACAGAGGGAACAGUAGAUGAGGGCGCUGCUCAACCCGAGCCUAUGGAAAUUGAUCAGUGA